AUGGUCAAGGAAAAGCCCCUGCCCUCACGGGCGUCCAAGACUCAAGCUCUUGACGACCUGAUUAUGGGGACAAACAGUAGUAGCAUUGUUUCCAAACGAAGCGUCGAGCGACUCUACUAUCCAAAUGAGCUUCACUUCUUUCGUUACUUUGUCAACAAGUUUCAGCGAAGAGCCCCUCUUAUUAACCGUGGAUACUGGCUGAGACUCAGGGCUAUUGAUGUGAUUGUACGUCAAUUCAUCACCUCUCCAACACCGGGCCAUAGAAGAGUGGUCAUCAAUCUCGGGGCGGGAAGUGAUGUUCUCCCCUGGCAAUCGUACCAUCGCUAUGGUGAUUCUUGCGAGAACGCACUCUUUAUAGAUGUCGAUUACCCGGAUCUGAUGCGAAAGAAGCGAGGUAUUGUUCUCGGAACGCCGGAACUCAGAGAGCUGCUGGGUGACCAUCCAUUCAUCAGCGAAAAGGAUACAGAUCACCUCCUCCUCCGUAGCGACAAGUACUGCCAGAUCGGAUGUGAUCUCAGAGAACUCGAGACCCUUCGCAAAUGUCUUGAGUCAUUCCUCCCCUUGUCCGAAUGUUCAGUCUUGUUUGUCGCUGAAGUCUCGAUAACCUACAUGGACACAGCAUCAGCCGAUGCUCUUAUCCAGUGGGCAAGUUCUAUAGGACAAGCUGAAUUUUGUCUCUUGGAACAAAUCCUUCCACAUGGGCCGGAGCAUCCCUUUGCCAGCACGAUGCUGAAGCACUUCAACAAGCUCAACACAUCUCUCAAGUCUGUGGAUCAGUACCCAACCGUUGAAAGUCAACGUAUUCGCUUCGAGGAACGAGGCUGGAAUAGUGUUGAUGUUUGGGAUCUUUGGGAGGCCUGGAACAGUGAGGCUUUUCUCAGCUCAUCCGAGAGGGCUGCCUUGGACGACAUAGAGCCUUUCGACGAGUGGGAAGAGUUUGUCCUAUUCGCAAGACACUACAUCGUCCUUCAUGCCUCAGCUUACCACAGAGGUGACAAGGGUGCCGGACAGCGUGGCCAGACCUCUAAUCCUCGCGAGAAUGUCAAAACGAAAAUGACCGCGAUAGGUUCCUUGGGUGCACCCAAACGCCGCUUUGGCGCACCUAUGAAGGCCUCUAGUCCGGAAGGAGGCCAAUACCUACUUCAUACUCUGGGAAUGGGAAUAAAUGCAAGGCUUGACUCAUGCGACAUAUUUCGUCUUCAGGAGGGUAAUUCUCGCUUUGAGAUGCCUCCCGUUGGUCCUUCUGCAAGGCUAUGUCAUACAGUUGUCGACCUUGGACACGCCGGUGCUCUGCUUGUCGGAGGCCGUGCUUCGCCAUCGAAAGCUUUCAGCGAUUGUUGGAUCUUUAAGCAGGACUCGGGUAGUUGGGAAAAAACUUUCGAUUUACCUGUGCCACUGUUCCGGCAUUCCGCUCUUCGAUUGCCAGGCUCAUCCCUAGCUCUUGUAUUAGGUGGUAAGACAGGACCUUCUACUCUAUCACCACGCUAUUUUGUGUUCCAUCCUAUGAAGGGGUGGCUUAAAUGCGUAGUGUCUGGCAUCGUACCCGACUCUACUUUUGGAGCCUUUGCUAUCGCCUCUUCCGAUGUGCAAAACAAGGGGGUAUUCAAAGGUUUGUUGGCAGGUGGAAUAGGAGUCAGUGGAAAAAUCAACAACCAGGCAUAUUUAUGGACUGUUGACGUCGCACCUCCCGAGCCAGUCAUCCAUUUCCAGACAGUCCCAGAUUUCGAUCGAUACUCUUGGGCUUUUUCAGUCUUUGGUGCCCAAACUGCAGAAGCCAACUCCUCUACCUUUGUUUGUGGUGGCGUAGGACAGGAUCCAUCUUUACAAGGCCAGUCCAUCACUUGCGUUUCCUUGAGAAACGGAAACUUGGAAGUUGCUGCUCUCCACUUAGGAGAAAAUGUUGGACAUCUUCCUUUCAUGGUUGGCGCUGCAGCUGUUUCCCUGAGCUCUCAGUUGGUGGUAAUAGGCGGAGGGGCUACUUGCUUCUCCAUGGGCACAUUCUGGGAUACUGGCAUUUACAAAAUUGAAUUUGGCGAAGCUUCCUCUAAGGCCUACGCCGAAUCUCUGAUAAACAAAAACCCAGUGGCUAUCAGCUAUCAAGACUCGCCCAAGCUCACGCACCCCACUACUAAUACCGGCCAGCCCAGUCAGCGACACAAACCUUCAGUCAGGUCGAUCCCAAGAGUCAAAAUACAGACGAAAUCUGAUUUUGCGGAGCUGGUCCAGAACAGAAAGCCAGUCAUCAUCGAAGGCCUGGACUUGGGUGGCUGCGUCGAUAAAUGGAACCCAGAAUACAUGGUCCAGAGUGUGGGAGAGAGAAAAGAGGUUGUCAUCCAUGAAUGUCAAGCUUCAACGGGCAAAAUGGAUUUUAACUCUAAGAACUUUCGUUAUGUGACCGAGUCAUUCUCAACGUUCAUGGGUAAAGCCACCAAAGGCGAAGCGUUGUACCUCCGUGCACUUUCUGAAGAAAAGCCUACAGAGGCACCAGCAAACCUUGCCCAUGACUUUCCAACGCUUGCCGACGACUUUCGGCUGCCGGAUGAACUCAACUUGAUUGAGGAUCGGAUGUUCAGUUCCGUGUUGAGGAUAUCUGGUCGAGUAAACAUGUGGCUACACUACGACGUUAUGGCCAACGUUUAUACCCAGGUCCAUGGUUCAAAACGCAUGGUUCUCCUGCCACCAACCGACGUCAAUCAUUUGGCGUUUGCACCCGGUGCCUCGAGUUCUAGCCUUGACGUCUUUUCAGCCCUAGACAAGCAUGAGCUGGCGUCAACUAGCCCAUACGAGGCCGUUUUAAACCAGGGUGAUCUCCUUUUCAUCCCGGCGAUGUGGUUCCAUACCGCGAGCCCAAUCACGGACAUUAGUGUUGCUGUCAAUGUCUUCUUUCGCGACCUUGACAGCGGUUACUCGACAGGCCGAGAUGUGUACGGAAACCGAGAUUUAGCAGCAUAUGAGAAAGGACGGCAAGACAUCGACCGGAUUACGAAGAGCUUCGACCGCCUGCCUUCUGAAAUCCGACAAUUUUAUCUAACAAGGCUUGCGAAUGAGUUGUUGCACGACCAGCACUGA